CGCAUCACCAGACCAGACUAGCCGCCGGCCGAGCUGUGCUGCUCCUCGCACUCUAUGCUAGCUAACGUCAUGGCGCUGCUCAAGCAAAGUCGCAACAUUGUCGGCAGUUUCUCCUCGAAGCGCCCCUGGCUGCUGACAACGACAACUAUUUCACAUGUUUACGCCAGCAACACAUCCUCCGCCGCCAAGUCCUCCCGGAUCCGGGCUGACCGGAGCAAAGGACCGCUGGGCCACGAGGACAGUGACCAUGGACCCUCGCUGCAGGACUUCAUUUCCGGGGAACUGUCGGAGAAAAGCAAGUGGGAGGAGUACAGAGGCGACUUGAAGAGGCAGAAGGGCGAGAGGCUGCGACUGCCUCCCUGGCUGAAGACCGAGAUCCCCAUUGGGAAGAACUACAACAAGCUGAAGAACACGCUGAGAGACCUCAAUCUUCACACUGUGUGUGAGGAAGCCAGGUGUCCUAACAUCGGGGAAUGCUGGGGAGGAGGAGAGUACUCCACAGCCACCGCCACCAUCAUGCUGAUGGGAGACACUUGCACCCGCGGGUGCCGCUUUUGCUCCGUGAAGACAGCCCGCCUGCCGCCGCCCCUGGACCCCGAGGAGCCCUACAAUACCGCCAAGGCCAUCGCCGCCUGGGGGCUGGACUACGUGGUGCUCACCUCCGUGGACAGAGAUGAUAUUGCCGACGGAGGGGCGGAGCAUUUUGCAAAGACCGUGUCCAACCUGAAGGAAAGGAACCCUCUCAUCCUGGUGGAAUGUCUCACGCCUGAUUUCCGGGGUGACCUGACUGCGGUGGAGAAGAUCGCCCUGUCAGGGUUAGACGUGUACGCCCACAAUGUGGAGACCGUCCGCCAGCUGCAAAGACACGUGCGAGACCCAAGAGCCAACUUUGACCAGUCCUUGAGCGUCCUCAAGCACGCCAAAGAGGUCAACCCUUCUCUGCUCACCAAGACCUCCAUCAUGCUGGGCCUGGGAGAGAGCGACCAACAAGUGCACGACACGCUCAGCGAGCUCCGCCAGGCGGGUGUGGACUGUCUGACCCUGGGCCAGUACAUGCAACCCACCAAGCGCCACCUGAAGGUGGAGGAGUACGUCACUCCAGAGAAGUUUGCACACUGGGAGGAGGUGGGGAAGGACGUGGGCUUCGUCUACACCGCCAGUGGACCGCUGGUUCGAUCCUCCUACAAAGCAGGGGAGUUCUUCCUCAAGAACCUGCUGAAGAAGAAGAAAGAGGAGGUCGUCGCCGCGCACUGAAAAGCCCAAAACCUUUUAUCUCCGCACUUUAAACUAUAAACGCACAUCCACUUGACACCAGCACCAUGUUUUGUUUCAAGCCACAAUAAAUAUAAGCAGCUUGUCAUGUGACCUACUUGAGAAGAUGAAAGUGAAGGCGAGCAUGGACAGGCCAGCAGGUAUCUAAAUCACCACCUGGGAUUUAACUGCAUACUCUGCACCCCGGGGUGCCUCCAAUAAAUCUCCCUUCUCUUCAGGGGCUUUUAAAGACCUUUCGAUUGCAAGCUGAUGCUAGCCAGGUGUUUUUUUUUUAAUUCAACUUACAUUUAAAUGUGAAAUUAUUUAUAUUUAAAUAAACCAAUGCCUGAUUUUAA